CUGGGAUAUUGAAGAUGCUCCUUAGCUCAUGUAAGGGGUCCAAUGACAGCACAGCCCUUGAACUAGUGAGCAGCCUCUGGACAAAUGUUCUGAGCAAAACAAACUUGGAUGUUCAAAAAGAAAUUGAUUUCCCCUUCAAUCUGUUGUUUGAGGCAGCAGAGUUAGGGAAUUAUGAAUUCUUAGCUGAGCUUUUACGCUUGUAUCCGGAGUUAAUCUGGGAGACAGAUUGCGAGAAUCGAACAAUAUUUCACAUCGCGGUCUUGCAUCGUCAUGUGGAUAUCUUCAAUCAGAUAUACAGCAUAGGGUCGAUUAAGGAUGUUGUGGUGGCAUACAAAAUACCCGGCAACGAGUGCGAAGUUUGGGAUAACAUGUUGCAUCUUGCUGCAAAACUCCCAUCGCCUCAUCGACUCGACAUGGUAUCAGGGGCCGCUUUACAAAUGCAACGGGAGUUAUUGUGGUUUGAGGAGGUGAGGAGCGUGGUACAACCCUCCGAUAGAGAACGAAAAGGUUUAAAAGGAUUGACCCCUCGAAAAUUAUUCUCCAGGCAGCACGAAGGAUUAUUGGAGAGGGGCGAGAAAUGGAUGAGGGAUACGUCUGAAUCAUGUAUGAUUGUCGCAACACUUAUAACUACGGUGGUGUACUCUGCAGGCUUCAGCACACCUGGCGGUAAUGAUAAUACGAAAGGAACUCCCGUUCUGAUAAACCACACUUUAUUUCAUGUCUUCGCGGUGUCGGAAGCCGUAGCACUGUCCUUUUCUAUUACCUCAACGCUAAUGUUCUUGUGCAUCCUCACUUCACGUUACGCGGAGGAAGAUUUUCUCAAAUCAUUGCCAUUGAAGUUAAUGGCUGGCCUCGCAACGCUAUUCAUCUCUAUGAUGGCCAUGAUAGUUGCUUUUAGUGCAGCCUUUUUUCUAGCUUACCGUGAUAGUUAUAAUCAUCAUAGAUUAAGGUGGGUUCCUCUUCUUGUCUCUGCAUUUGCUUUCUUGCCAGCCGCUUUAUUUGUUUUGCUACAGUAUCGCCUGUUCCUUGACAUGUUCCAUUCAACUUGUUGUUCUCGACCCCUUUUUCGGCCCAGAAAGUCCAUGUUUAGUUCAAGAGUGUAACUCUGAUAAUGUAAUGUCAAAAUGAUGUGCUAAAAGUGUCGGAUUAUCCUAAAAGUGUCAAAAUAAUGUCAAAAUGUCAAAAUAAAUG